AUGGAUCGAUACUGGGAAGCCAAUCUCUGGCAACCAACCAUCGUCAACGACGGAGGAAGUUUGCAGCAAUUCGUCCCCUUGCACCUCAAAGAAGUCGAGAGAUGUCGCGAGAAUCUGAGGGAAUGCACUAAAGUCCUAGCUCUUUUUCCCUACACGCCAUCUCACUGGAGAAAUCGAUCUGCAGUUCUUUUGGAAUUAGGAUAUCCGGAACUCGCUGCGGCAGAUGCUUAUAAGGCGCUUAUUUUGACGACAUCUGUAUUUGAUGGGAAGUAUCUCGGCUCGAGAGUGUGGCUUGAGAUGGGCAUGGCGAUUUGGUAUCGAGAUGCUGUCAAGGGAAAUCCAUGGGAUGUGAAUUUCUCGGCGACGAAAUUUGGCAUACAGAUGCUUGAUUUUUUGAAGUAUGAGCGGAAGCAAGCCUAUACCCAAUUGAUCUUCUCCCUCUGCUAUCUCCAAGCUCUUCCGGACAUCAAAGCCAUAACCACGGAAGCAUUAAAACGUUACCCUGACGAUAUCACAUUUCUCUAUUUCCAGCACGCUGCAACCUCCGCAUAUGAAAGCAAUCGCACUUUCAUAUACCAACAAGCAUUACCCGAUGGUAUCAAAUGGGUGCAUGCAGAGAUGGGAACAGUAUGGAAUAAACCAUAUCCAUGGGCUUCAGGAUUCCAUACCAGAACCAAAAGAUCAAUCAAAGCCGCCAAUAUAGCUCUGAAAAAAUGCUCAAAGGUACUUCGAAUUCAGCCUUCUAAUAUGACUAUGUCAGACUCGGGUGGAGUUUGUUAUGGCAUGUUCGCAAGUCAAGAUAUACAUAGAGGUGAUACCAUUAUCGAGCGCAGCCCAGUCUUAUCAAUCAGUGGCUUACAACUAAAGACACAUUUGAAUUUGAUAGAUUCAUUAUUAGGAGAACCGAAGACUAGAUCGAAAACUUCCCCAGGAAACUGUUUCAAUUGUUACGGACUCUUGAACAAAUAUGGGCCAAAAUAUGGAUUUGCAUGUUGUUCCCAUCUCUACUUCUGCAGUAAAGAUUGCAAGAAUCUUGCCCAGCAGUAUUACCACGAUGCCCUAUGUGGCACCAAUAUAAUCCCCAUCUAUUCAUUCUCCAAAAACAAAAAAUGUUACGUAUGUGGGCCCGAGAUCGCGGGAAUGAUAUGGUUACGGCUUUUGGCGACAUGCAAACAAGGGGGUGGACAUCCGCUUCAACAUCCUCUUGUAACCAAUCUAAGCAUUCACGAAGCAGCGGCUCAAGACCCCUGGUCCUUAAAUGUCCGCGUCAUCCGGCCUCUGAAAACUCUGGAGAUACUUGGGAUAGAUGUUUUCGCGAAUCAAUGGUAUGAUACUUGGGUCUUGGAAACUCUGUGGCAAAUAUUCAGGGUCAACUCUGCUGGAGCAUAUAAUACAGAAAACGAGUAUGGAUGCUGGGUCGAUAGCUUCUACGCAAUGUUCAACCAUAGUUGUGAAGAUCCGCGAAUGAUGGGUACACAUAUCCAGGACUUUGAUCGGGCGGGCUCGAAGUUUCAACACGGCGCUGCGAGAGAAAUUAAAAAAGGGGAAGAGGUAUGUGUCAGUUACAUUGAGGUGUUGUCGCGAUCAAAAAUGGAAAGACGCAAAGCCCUUGCGGGAUGGCUCUCCGGUGAUUGUAAAUGCAAGAGAUGCUUGGCUGAAUAG